AUGAUUGCAGCUGUGAAAUCAGUCGUCAAUCAGACAGAAGCAAUGGAGGAGACGAAAAACCCUAUCCAAAAACAGGUAUCGUCCCUCCUGAUGGCUCAUCAACCACGUGAAGUGCUCCCCAAGGUCGAACGCGUUGCAUUAAGAGCACUUAAGACCGACCGGGACAUCAUCAUCGUGCCGGCCAACAAGGGACGUUCUACGAUCAUAUUUGACAGUACAGACUUCCUUCAGAAGGCGAAAAACACUGGAGGAUUGUCAGUUUUAUGUUCCUUGAGAAACCAAUCCCAUCAAAAUGCUGACACGCGAAAUCAAUUCAACCCUGUUGGCUCUAGAGAACUCGAGUACAAUAACGCCGUCUGA